AUAACGUGGCGUUAGUUUUAAAAUGGCGGGUAGUUUGGGUGGUUUUACAAAAUUCGCUGUAAUAUUAACCUUUGGGUUGUUAAUAGCAGUCGUUUGUUCUCACUCUCAUUCUGAUAAUGGCCACCAUUCACAUGGCGAUCAUGGCUCUCAGCAUGGACAUUCACAUGGUGAGGAUCCAUCGUUUAAAUAUUCUCAGAAAGCAAAUGCCGAAGAUUCGAAAAGCUCCGACAAGCGCAAGUUAGUGGGGGCUGAUUUAUGGACGAAAGCUUUAGGCUCUACAGCAAUAAUCUCAGUGGCCCCUAUAUUUAUUCUUCUGUUUAUACCCUUGGGUAAUACAGCAGAACAUAACAAUCUGCUUAAAGUUCUUCUCGCUUUCGCAUCUGGAGGUUUGUUGGGUGAUGCCUUUUUACAUUUGAUACCUCAUGCUAUGGUUAGUAGUGGAUCUGGAGAUCAUUCUCAUAGUCAUUCUCAUAGUCAUGGACAAGAAGGCCAUGGACAUUCUCAUGAUUUAAGUAUUGGUUUAUGGAUCUUGGGUGGAAUUGUAACAUUUUUAUGUGUUGAAAAAUUUGUCAGAAUUGUUAAAGGAGAUCAUUCACAUUCCCACUCUCAACCAAAAUCAGGCUCAAAGAGUUCUAAGGGCGGAAAGGGGACUAAAGAGAUAAAGGUUUCCGGAUAUUUGAAUUUAGCGGCAGACUUUGCUCAUAAUUUCACUGAUGGUUUAGCUAUAGGAGCAUCCUACCUUGCCGGUCAAUCAGUAGGUGUUAUUACCACAAUUACCAUAUUUUUCCAUGAAAUUCCUCAUGAAAUUGGCGAUUUUGCGAUCUUAAUUCAAUCUGGACAUUCAAAGAAAAAAGCAAUGCUUCUACAACUCGUAACUGCUUUAGGUGCAAUGUCUGGAACACUUUGUAGCUUAAUGGUUGAAGGAACCAGCGAUGCUACUAUUAGUUGGGUUCUUCCAUUCACGGCUGGCGGUUUUAUCUAUAUUGCCACUGUUUCAGUUAUCCCAGAAUUACUGGAAAACUCUAAAACUUGGCAAACAGUGAAGGAAGUUGCCGCUCUCCUUGUAGGAAUUUUCAUGAUGGUUCUCAUUGCUGAAUACGAAUAAGUAUUGGCAUUAAUUUAUUAUGCUGUUGUGCUAAUUAAUUUUUUGGUGUGAGAAAGUUACACAAUGAUCCAGGAUUACUAUCGUUUGAAAAUAAACAGGAUGUGCUUAGUUUCAAUUCAAAGUUUAUUAUAAAAAAAUUAUUAAAUUUAACCAAACCUUAGUUCUUCAAUGCAUAUUAAAGAGUUAACAUUAUACUACAAAAUUUUUUCAUACUUUGUCCACAUCAUCAAUAUGAAAAAAAUCACUUACAAUUUCACCUUAAAUAACAUUUCUCUGAUUCAUGCAAAGAAAUAAAUCAUUAGAAUAGAGAACUUUAUGAGUUUCAAUUGGAAACUGUUAGAUGCCAAAUUCGUCAAAAUUUAUAGAUUUUCAAUAAAUUGCUUUAUCACUUAAAGAAAUCAAGUCGUUAUUUGUAUAGCUAACAAACUUAGCGCCAAGAGCGAUAAUAUACAUUUUUAAUCGAAAAGAAUUUCC